CGGGAUUUUGAACCUGGUAACAAGGCUUGCCAAAGUAUCAGGUCGUCCGACCUUUGCAAUAUCGGAACCUGGCUCAGUCUCGUGGGUCACUGUACAAGGUCAUGCAGAGUUCUCCACACUUGGGAUGAGAUGACGAUGGCCUCUGAACAGCGUUGGGCGCCAGAGAAUGCUUUAAAUAUUCCGGAGUUCCCAUCUUGCGCUUCGUGAGUCCUUGGUACGCCAAUAACAACCUUCGGUCACUCCUUCAUCUUGUCUUCGUCAAACACAGUCCGUGACUGUCCCAUUCGUUACUAUCUUGACCAAAACACUCACUUACGCCUGGUGCUAUUACCUUUUUUUUCUCUUUUCCUCGACCGAUUCCUUCGCGAGCUCAAAACAAUUCGUCAAACCAUGGUUUCCAGCACAAAGACUCUCUUCGGCGUGGCGGCGCUCGCCACAACCGUACUUGGCCACGGCUAUGUCAUUGAUCCGCCUGCUCGCAAGCCCGGGCCUGCGAUGGCCGCCGCCUGCGGCCAGCAAAUGUUCAACAACCAGAACUCUGAUAUCUACGGAAACAUCCAAGGCGAGCUCCAGGUAGCCAGGAACCAGGCCGACUUUGACGCCUCAAAGUGCAACGUCUGGCAGUGCAAGGGCUUCCAGCUCGCCGACAGCCCUGCCCAGAACGUCCAGUCCUUCCGCCCGGGCCAGGUCGUGCCGAUGACGGUCGAGAUCCGCGCCCCGCACGAGGGCACGGCCAACGUGUCCAUCGUCAGCACCGCCUCCAACACGGUCAUCGGUAGUGGGCCUCUGAUCUCGUGGGACGUGUACGCCUCGAACGCGGCGCCCAUCCCGGCCGACCAGACAAAGUUCGACGUCACGAUCCCGGAGGACAUCGGCGGGCAGUGUGCCCAGCCCGGCGACUGUGUGCUCCAGUGGUACUGGGACGCCAGGAGCAUCGACCAGACUUAUGAGGCUUGCGUGGACUUUGUUGUUGGUGGUGGUGGUGGUGGUGGUGAUGGUCAGGCGCCUGCUCCCUCCUCGCCGCCGCCGGUCGCGAGCCCGACUGCGCCUUUGCCUACUUCCUCUGCCUCCCCCACUGCGAGCAGCGCGACUUCGUCCGCGGCCCCGACGCCUACAGCGGCUCCUCAGGAUCCCGUGGGGGGUGGUAGUGGCAGUGGUGACGGGUCCGUGCCCGAGUCUUUCACCCUCGAUACGUUCAUCGCGUGGCUGCGCACCAAGGCUGGCGGCAACAACGCCCGCCGCCAUGCGCGUCAGUUGAUGUGAGAAACGGUGCCGCCUACAAGUUCCAUGCCUGAGGUGCUGGAGCUUUCGUGCUGGCAACGUGCAAUUUUCUCGUGAGGACUAGGUUGUGGUGGCUCUCAUUUGCUUCCGCCGAAGCUCUGGGAAGCAUGGCCUACGGGUUGCGCAGUUUCGCUUUUAUUCAAAUGUGUACAUUUAUUACUUUCUAGAAGAGUGUGGUUAGCCCCCCCAGACACCGAAUCAAGUAGUGUUGUUUUGUCUCGGACAGUCACAAUUCGUGCUUGAUAGCAGACCAAUGCAGCCUGACUUGCAGAGCGCAUGCAGUCGUUGAAAUCAGUAGCUAUAUUGUAUGGAGUAGCUACCAUCGAGAUUGAACAAUUUUCUAAAGGAAAAAAAAAAUGUUUUGGUGAGGCGGCGAGGACGGUCGGAGC